AUGCUGUGGCAUCAUCAGCAUUUCGUCGCAACGCGACCGAGAUUACGCGGCAAUCAUAAGCUGACCCUACUUGAAGACGAUGCCUUCGUGGGAUUGUCCAAUCUGAGUCAUCUCGACCUCUCCGAGACGAGCGUGAGCAGCCUCCCCACCCGGGGUCUGGAGUCCCUGGAGGUGCUGGAAGUCCGAGACACGCCGACCCUGCGCGAGUUUCCUUCCGUGUAUCACUUCCGCUUCAUCCGUGCUGCACACCUGACCUACCCGUACCAUUGCUGCGCUUUCCAGUUUCCCGAGACUCACAAUCCCGAGGAGCACAGCAGAUUCCAGAAGCACUGCGGUUCUGCAGACGUUGUCUUGGAUUCAAUGAAGAACCGUCCACCUGUCGUCGGCGAAGAGCACGACUUCCAGCUCCUCGAGCGGUUCUUUGUCGUUCAGCGACGCGGGGGAGGGGAAGGAACGUCCACGCCACCAGGCAACAGAACGGUCCGACAAGUCUUCAGCGAAUUCGGAUCAAUUCACGGCUCUCCUAAGACCAGACCGACCAACGUCUCGAAUCGGAGCAUCUUCGACUCCCGAGGCAUGGAGGGCACUUUUCAUCCGGAAGUGCACCCUCAGGAAGAGCAAUGGGUCACCUGCGGGAAGUUGGCGAGUCGGCAAGUGCAGUGCUUCCCUGCGCCGGACGCCUUCAAUCCCUGCGAAGACGUCAUGGGCACGGAGAUCCUGCGCGUAGCCGUCUGGUUCGUGGUCGUGGCGGCUGUGACCGGAAACCUGGCGGUCAUCCUGGUGCUUCUUAGCGGCCGCAUGAGCGUCUCCAAAUUCCUCAUGUGCAACCUGGCGUUCGCCGAUCUCUGCAUGGGCGCUUACUUGCUGCUCAUAGCGGCCGAGGACCUGCACACCAGCGGCCAGUACUUCAACCACGCCAUCCUCUGGCAACACGGUGCUGGCUGCAAGGUCGCGGGCUUCCUGACCGUGUUCGCGUCUGAGCUGUCCAUCUACACGCUGACCGUCAUCACUCUGGAGCGCUGGUACGCCAUCACGUACGCGGUCCACCUGAACCGGCGGCUGCGGCUGACCACCGCUGCGCGCGUCAUGGCCUGCGGCUGGCUAUAUGCCAUCGUAGCGGCCACCCUGCCGCUCGUCGGGGUCAGCAGUUACAGCAAGACGUCCAUCUGCUUGCCCAUGGAGAACAGAGAGAUCCCGGAUCAGCUGUACCUGCUCAGCCUGCUCUCUGUCAACGGUCUCGCUUUCCUGCUCAUCUGCGCCUGCUACGCCAAGAUGUACCUGGCCAUUUCUGGUCAGCGGCCACGCUCCCACUCGGGCAACAAAGACACGUCCGUGGCCAAACGCAUGGCCAUGCUCGUGUUCACCGAUUUCGCUUGCUGGGCGCCCAUCGCCUUCUUCGGCCUCACAGCAGUGGCGGGAUACCCACUCAUCGAUGUCCCGAAAUCCAAGAUUCUGCUGGUGUUCUUCUACCCGCUAAACUCGUGUGCCAACCCGUUCCUGUACGCCAUCCUGACCAAGCAGUACCGGCGAGACUUGUCCAUCCUGCUGUCCACACGCGGCGUGUGCACGGGAAGGGUGCUCCGCUACACCUCGUCUUGCCACACGACGCCCAACAAUCGGCUUCUGCGCGGCAAGGACAACAGUAGCACGUCACGCCAGACAACCGAACUGUCCGGGCGGACGCAGAAGGGGUCGCCGCACCCCAUCAAGAACAACUUCACCAAGCUGGGACUUCACGAAGAGUUCCUCAGAAGACAGAGUCUGCUCUGUGAUCACGCCGACACGCCCAUCUGACUCUUCGCUGCUAUUGUUAUCCUUUGGCCGUGCAGACGGCUUGCAGGCGAGCGUUCAGCGGAAGUGCUACGCUGACCGCGUGUGCGGAAGCGCGAACCCGCGGCACUCGCGGAGGGACCACGUUCGCGGUCAUGCUUGGGCCACGUGCCACGUCGUCGCACACAUUACGCGGUGAAUGGAUGGAUGCAUGCAUACGGCUGAACCCUUUUAAUCAGGCGGCGGCCUGCUCCACACAGUGUUUAACACUGGCGAGGAGCGCGGGGCCGGACGGCGCGUCCCCCUGGUCGGGAGACACUGGGCCAGACUGGGCAUCAUGUCCACCCGAGUGACUGGGGUAGUUCUCAUGGUUGAAUCCACAUCGGAAAAGCUAGAACUGUAGCUACGUGCGGCUCGUCUUCUAUCCUUUAUCCACACAAUAUGCUAUUUUUGGCAAUCUAAGGCGCAUUGACUCUCAAACCGUUACGUAUGCUCAGUGAAAUUGCACUUCCUUUCGGGCCUCGGAACGUAAAAACUAAAUGGUCUCAGUUAAAGACAAAAUCAAUUCCAGGCACUCCCGGAAAUGUUACAUUUACACAUGGGUCCAAUUCAAAGA